AGGUCGAGCGACCGCAUACCACGAUCUGGAAACGCGUCGUGGAAGCAGUUGUUGCUCGAUCGUCCGCAACGCUCGUGUAAUCGGAUAAUCGGAAAUUGUCGACGACGGGCGCGUCGCGGAGCAGUUUGCCGGGACAAAGUGUGCUCCAAAGUGUGAUCGAUCGUCUCGUUGAUCUUCUCAUCCCUCGAGAAUCGCGAUCUCUCUCACGUCGCUCGGUUGAAAAUUCGUCUCUCCUUCGGUGGUCCUCGCAUUGGGAUCUUACGUCUCUCUUUCUCUCUCUCUUUCUCCUUGACGGAAAAUCGGCGCUUGACGUCUACGACGCCGGGAGGAAGAAGACCGGUUGUACAAAAUGACGGAUACUCUCGUACAAGGAUCGAUUUAACGCCGUUGCAAGAUGUACGCCGAGUGGCAAAAGGGUGAGUUGGUGUGGUUCGACCCCGGCGUCGGCCAUGUGCUACCUGGCGAGGUCCUGGAAUAUCACAGAGCCGCCAAUGUGCUGUCAGUCCAAGCGGUGAUCGCUGGCAAGCCGCAAAUUUUCACUCUCACCAACCUGAGCGGAGUGAAGCCCAGGCAGGACUUGGGUCAAAAUGGCGUGGAAGAUAUGAUUCAGUUGACGGACUUGAACGAGGCGUCGUUGCUAUGGAAUUUGAAGAUUCGUUACGACAAGGAAUUAAUUUACACCUACACAGGAAGUAUCCUCGUGGCGGUGAAUCCGUACAAAAUGUUUGACAUCUACGGGUUGGAUCAGGUGAAGCUUUACGAAGGACGGAUCCUCGGAACACUUCCGCCGCAUUUAUUCGCCGUGGGUUCCUCCGCGUACAGUCAAGUAACUGCAGCCAAUAACUCGAGUGCCAAUCAAGUGGUCGUCAUUUCCGGCGAGUCUGGCUCGGGAAAGACGGAGUCUACCAAGUUAGUGAUGCAAUAUCUCGCGGCUGUCAAUCGCGCGCCGAACAAUCUUGUCACCGAGCAGAUCUUGGAGGCGACGCCGCUCUUGGAGAGCUUCGGAAAUGCCAAGACACCGCGAAACGACAAUAGCAGUCGAUUUGGAAAGUACUUGGAGGUUCACUUCAGAGAUGGCGCGAUCAUAGGCGGCAGGAUAACGCAAUAUCUCUUGGAAAAGAGUAGAAUAGUAACUCAGGCCUCAGAGGAGAGAAACUACCACGUGUUCUAUGAACUUUUAGCUGGACUCGAUCAGCAACUCAGGGAUAAAUACGGUCUGCUUACACCGGACAAAUAUUUCUAUUUAAAUCAGGGUGGAAACUGCGAGAUCGAUGGCAAGAGUGAUGUUCAAGAUUUCAAGGCACUUCUGUCAGCCAUGCAGGUUCUGGGCUUCACGUCCGAAGAACAGGACACGAUUUUCAAGAUUCUAGCCAGCGUAUUGCAUCUAGGAAACGUUUACUUUCACCGGAAGCAGAUGAGACACGGUCAGGAAGGAGUGGAGGUUGGUUCUGACGCUGAGAUACGUUGGGCGGCGCACCUCCUUCAAGUAAAUUCCGAUGGCAUCAUCCGAGCACUCACCACGAAGACGACAGAAGCAAGGAAUGAAAGAGUUUUCACAGCCUUGAAUAUCGACCAAGCCCUCGACGCCAGAGAUGCUUUCGCCAAGGCUCUAUACAGUUCACUCUUUUCAUGGCUAGUCGCACGCGUCAACCAUAUCGUUUACAAGGGCACGAAGCAAACAGCUGCUAUUUCGAUCCUCGAUAUCUUCGGUUUCGAGAAUUUCACGGAGAACAGCUUCGAACAACUGUGCAUCAAUUACGCAAACGAGAACUUGCAGUUUUAUUUUAAUAAACACAUCUUUAAACUCGAGCAACAAGAGUAUGCAAAGGAGAAGAUUGAUUGGACUACCAUCAAUUAUACGGACAAUUUGCCGGUCAUUCAUUUAAUUGCGAAAAAACCAGUGGGCAUUCUUCAUCUGCUGGACGACGAGAGCAACUUUCCUAAAGCGACGGAUCUCUCUUUCUUGGAGAAGUGCCACUACAAUCAUGCUCUGAGCGAGCUGUAUUCGAGGCCGAGAAUGAAUUCGGCCGAGUUUGCGAUCAGACAUUACGCUGGACAAGUUUGGUAUAAUGUGGAAGGUUUUCUGGAUAAGAACAGAGACACCUUGAGACCGGAUGUGGUCGAGUUACUGAUUAGCAGCAAGAUUUCGAUGGUGAGCAAGAUGUUCCAGCAUGUCAGAACCACCCACGAAGCUAACAAGACAGUGAAUAAGCCGAAUGGCAGAUUUGUCACCAUGAAGCCGAGAACUCCGACAGUCUCGGCUCGAUUUCACGAUAGUCUGCAGCAGCUGUUGGAAUCUAUGUCCCAAUGUAAUCCGUGGUUUGUCCGUUGCAUUAAGCCAAACACCGAGAAAGCACCAAUGAAAUUCGAUAUGCCUUGCGUACUCGAGCAGCUAAGAUAUACUGGAAUGUUGGAAACGAUCCGCAUCAGGAAGACCGGUUAUCCGGUUCGCCUCGUGUUCGGGCACUUUGUGGAUCGGUAUCGAUACCUCAUUUCAACGCACUUGCCUAGAGGAGCGCCCAACAAGGAGCUCUGCAGGAUAAUCUUGGAUAGAGCUGCACCGAAAGAGGCGCACUCGCAAUAUCAGCUCGGGCUUACGAGGGUAUUCCUGCGCGAAUCAUUGGAGAGAGCGUUGGAGUAUAAUAGAGCGUUGAUUCUGGAGAGAGCGGCCAUUACAGUGCAAAGAUAUACGAGAGGCUUCUUGGCACGCAGAAGAUUCCUCAAUAUUUCACGCAGCACGGUGCUGAUACAAGCGGUAUAUCGUGGUUACCGCGAACGUAAGCAGUUCCAUGCGAUGAAGAAGGGUGCGCUGAUGGCGCAGAAACUCUACAGAGGUAAGAAACAACGUGAAAGAUUCACGGUAUUGAAGGAGGAAAUGACGAAACGAGCCGAGAUCGAGAGAGCCAGUAAGGAGCGAGCCAAGGCGAAGCAGCAACGAGAGGACCAAGAGAGAACUUCGCGAGCUGUUGCCGGCGUAAAUCACUUGGAGAUUCCCGCAGAACUAGCCUUCAUUUAUAGUAAACUUGACGAUUGGCAACCCAUGCAUACCGAGCGAAAUCUCCUCAAGGUCGUUGGCCAAGUCGUCCCGAUGAAUUACGCUUACAAUCUACCGCCCGAUAUCGAUCAGUACCAAUUUUCGAAAUUUACCAACAUUUAUUUCAAGAGUCAUAUCUUCGGGAUGAAGCGUGAGCCGAUCAAGACGCCGUUCUUAGCAAAAGCACGUGAUCAAGAUUACACGGAUUCUCUGAUGAUAUUUAAGAUGAUUCUGCGUUUCAUGAACGAGAAUAAUCUUAAUGGUAAACGGGAGCAAGCGUUAGGCGACUACAUCGUCAACAAGGGCAUCGUGAACGAGAAGCUGAGGGAUGAGAUACUGUGCCAACUGGCGAAUCAAACAUGGAAGAACGAAAACGAUGCCAACAAGGAGAGAGGGUGGCUAUUACUGUCAAACUGUCUAUCGGCAUUCCAGCCUAGCGGCACUUUGUUCAAGUAUCUCCUAAAAUACGUUUCCGAUUACGCCUACGACGGUUACAAGGCUUACUGCCAACGCAAACUAUUGCAAGGCGAAAGAACAAUGUAUCGUGUGAUGAAUAAUAAUCAGCAAACGGUGCAUCAAGUACCCAGGAAUUAUCCGCCAUGCGUCCUAGAAUGGCGGGCCAAUAGAAACCGCGUAAAUAUGGCACUCAGUGUCGGCUUUUACGACGGCGAGACAACUACAUGCGCGAUAGAUUCCUGGACGACAUGCGAAGAAUUGGCCAAUCUUGCAGUUCGGAAUCACGGAGUGGAGAACACUGGCUGGACCAUCACGCUUUGGAAUCAAUUAGACGGUCCGGAUGCUAUUGUAACGGAGACUAAUGGCUUCGAUUACGUUCUCGAUUUGAUCUCGGAGAUGGAAUUGGCACCAGCUUUUCCUGCUGCGAAACACAUGUUCUUGGAACAACGCAAAAACAGCUUACCGCCCAUAAAAAAGCGAGAACACGCUCAAGUUAUUCGAGAGUUGGAACAAGAGAUGGAAAUUCCUAUCUUAAAAACCUUCCAACCUCUGGAAAGGAAAUCAGUGCCAAAAGUAGUGGACAAACCUGUUGAACCAGAAAUCCAGGUGCCCAGACGGCCAGUUGUUCCUCCGCCACAACCGCCUGUCGUCAAGCCACCCAUGCGAAAGCAGUCGCAUGAGGCCAUUUUGGAGACUACGACGGAAACGGGAUUGUCGAGGAAGUCCGCCUUGAACGAUCGCUACUUCGAUAAAGAGAAGCAACGCAGUCGAAGUUUAGACAAUUUGCUUCAACCGGAAGUCGUACCCUCGCCGGUGAAGCUCGCCAAUCUCGGGCUCUCCUCAUCCAAAUUGAAUGAACGGUAUCACAGUCUGGAGAGGAUCGGCGAGACUCCAGCGGUCAGCAACGUGGAAUACAUGACGCGCGGCGAAGUCACGCAAGAGAGAAAAUACAGCAGGGCGACAAGGACAACGGAGCCGAACAUCGAGGAGGAGGAUCUCACGAUUGAUUUUGAAUACCCGGAUAUCCAGUCGGUCAGUCAAACCGGAAGAUCGGAAGACGAUAAGAGCUACAUAAGAUCGCAGACGAGAUUCAUCAAAUCGCAAUAUCCUGGCAAACGCGCGUUACCAGGGAGUCAGUCUAGUCGCGCUUACAUCGAAAAGAGCGAGUACGGAGUAAAGUCGUCUGCCAUGUCCGAUACCAGCGAGGCACCUUCUUUGGCAUCGCACGUGCGACGUGUACGAGUGCCUAGCCAGGCGUCCGACGUAGACCAGUUCCUGGAUGAGCUCUUUAUGCCCGUGCUGGACGGUAACCUUGACGAAUUAUCGGACGCCCGCAGUUUAGCCGCAUCGAUAAAAGGUUCGCGCGAGGCGAGGUCGCCUGGCGAUCAAACAGUCGUCGAGAAUCGACGAAGAAUCGACUGUCAAGCCAAGUUUGUCACCGUCGACGAUUUUAUCGAAGGAAUGUUGGCGGGACGCGAGGAUAUCGAGAUCAGCGCUAGUGAACUGUCAACGAGGAUCAAGGGAGGUGGCAAUAUGGAUAUCCCUAAUCAGAAUACGGCUUUCAAUUUCAGCCCUAUCGCGCAGAGCAUGAUGUCGCCGCCGAUGAUGAUGCCCAUGUUCAGUCCUACACAGCAGGUCCCAUCCGCUCAAAACACCAAUAUGAACAUGGGUGCAGGCUUUAUGCCCAUCCCGAUCUACAGCAUGCAGGGGCUCAGUUUACCUCAAUACCCUAACUCGCCGCCUAACCAAAGCGGUGACAUGAUGGCGUAUCAACAGAAUCUCCAGCGAGCCUUCCUUCAGAGCGCGAUGGCGCAAAAUAUUCAGAUACAGCAGCAGCUACUUGCGCAGAAUCAGGCCUUACAACAGCUGUUGGUCCAGAGCCCGCAAAACUCGACGCAGCAACCGAGCACGGUGUUACCCGCUGGCCCCUCAAGCAUGAAUCUUGUCCCCCCAGCUCCCCCAAUCGGUGCCCAUACGGGGCCCAAUGAUUCUAUCGGACGCUACUCCAAGGUCUCGUUUAGAGAGCCCGACGAUGUUGAAUUAUGGUCGACGGAAAAACGAGGAACGUUUGCACAAUCUACACCUACGAAUCAACGGCAGGAAACGAUGACGGUGAAGGCGCAAAUCCACAGAUCCCAGAGUCCACCGAGAAAAAAUUCCGAAGCUGUCAGAAAAACGAGCAUCGAUUAUGCGCGAAAAAUUAGCGUGGAUCGAAAAGCGGUAGACAGGAAGGUGUCUUCAGCACAGACGGAAACCAAGAGGACCAACUUAAACAAGAAUAAUGUACAAAGCAAUUUUACUAAUGUGCUUAGUGAACUGAAGAACAGAAAGAGCAGCGUAGACAGCAAUUGUAGCAACAACAAAGGCGUUCCGCCGCCUCCGCCGAUGCCUCCGCCAUUGGAAUCUCAUGAUCCUUCCGAAUCCAGACCGUUUCUCGAUCCGUAUGGAAGGGCAAAGACAGUACGCAUUGGAAAAUGGAGAUGGCCGCCGCCCAGCGAUUCGAACGAGAAUCAAGGACAAGACAGUUUUAUAGAAUUCAAGAUGCGUCAGCAACAACAACAGCGCAAAAUAACGCCGCAGUAUCAGGAGUACGAUCAAGGCGAGGGCGAGCAUGUGACGGAAGGUGGCGUCGAAUGGGAAGAGUUUGAGAUUGAAAACAUCGUCAGCAACGAGGAUCGAUCCAUGGCCGCGCAUCCACCAGUGACCACGGCCAAACACGAGAACGGAUACAAGGAGGAAGGGGAAAAGAAGAAGAAAAAAUCAAAAUCGGCCUUGGAGGUGGGGGCGCAAAGACCAUCACCGGGAAGUAUAGGGAAACUGAAGCUCAGCUCAGAGAUGAGACAGAGAUUGGAGAAGGUAACGGCGAAUCACAGCGUAAGAUCUACAAAGACGGCCGAGAAACCCGCCCUGCCACGAGAAGAUGGGAAGGUGAAACGGCUAGAGGAUAAUAGAAAGCUUUUGCUAGAACAACAACUAGGCGGCAGAUGGGACGAUUAUGCUUCCACUGUCGACGACACCCAAAGCGUCACUUCCAAAGGCACAACUGACAUGAUGACGCAAGCUCAGGUAGUAAGAACGCAGAUUGAGAGAAUGGAAAGACCUGUACCGCCUCCACCACCUGUCACGCCACCACAAGCUUCGAGUCCAAGAGGUGGCAGUGUAUACAGCAACAGUCAAUCCGGCGUACCUCAACCGCGAUCACCACCAGCGCCGAUCGAACCGAAACGCGACUCCUUCCGCACAUCUCCGGACUCUGAGACUUUCGAUCACUUCUCCAAGAGUCAGAUGUUCAGCCAAAGCCGAGACAUCUUCGCUUCGCAGCAGCAUCUGCGCGACAAUCACUCUGAUUAUCGAAACGAUUAUGAAAAAUCUCGUGCUCAGGACGCCAAGUCGAAAGAUUUUUACGGGAAGGACAGCACCGAUCUCGCGAGCUUGGCGCGCGAUCGUAGCUCCGACUUUGAUUCACGCCGCGACCUUGGCUCGGAACUCUUCGACUCCAAAUACGCUUUCGAUGGUUCGAAUGGUAAGCGCGAUCAUUUUGUCAUGACUCGAGACGUGUCUCCGAAAUCUCGCGAUAGCUUUGGGAUGCCGUCGCCGCGGGAUUUUGGCGUCAUACCAAACACGAGAGAAUCGUUCACUGUCGCACGACAGAGCUUCAACAAGCUCGAUCGGGAUUUGGACAGACGAUCGAGCGUAGCGUCGACCCAUCGCACCGACAAGAUGGAGAGGAUCGAGAUCGAGGAGUGGCCAGAGUUUCUCAAACCAGUAUUACCUCCCGCGGACAAGCCGGAAAUCGAGAAGGUCCAGGAAGUGGUAAACACCAAACUCUAUCCGCAAACAUCUACCGCGCAUUUCACGUACAACAGAGUCACGUGGACCUUGAGAGUCAAAAAGGAGGUCUUUGCGCCGAACGAGAUGCUCAACAGUCCUCUAGCGUUACAUCUGGUGUUCUGUCAGGUCGCCUACGACGUACUGGCGACCUCGAGCAUCAGAAUCGCCAAGGAAGAUCGACAGAACAUGCUAAAGAUGCUGGAUAACUACGGCGUUACUCUGGACAAUCUUCAGAGCACACAGCACAAGAUUACAAUCAAGAAGAACAUCGUGGAUAUGGCGAAGCAAUGGCCAUUGUACUUUGCCAGGAUAUUUCCCGUAUCGAUCGGCCCACAGCAUCCGGAGACGCAACACGUGGCGAUCUCGCAUCACGGACUUCGGCUGAUCAAACGCACCCCCAACGGCGAUUUGAUAAUCUUGGAGACGCUGCCGCUGGAGGACAUCGUCUCCGUCAACUCCUCUAGAGCGGGCGUGUGCGUCUUGCAGAUCGCCUCGGGGGUUCGGUUACCCCUCCACACGAAUCGCGCCCCUCAGUUGGCGGAGAUGAUCGGCAAAUACAUUAGACUGAUCGAUCAGAAGCCACUCCAGAAGGUUAAUCAUCACGAGAAUCACGUAUCCCAAAUUACAAAAACGAUCCAGGCGCAGGCGAAUCACGUGAAUCACAUCCAGGCCCAUAAUCAUGCCAAUCACGUAAUCUCCGAGCAUGAGAAUCACGUAUCGAUCGGUCGCGUGCCCAACCACGUGUCGGCCGUCAACCAAGCGAAUCAUCAGAAAAACCUGCAGAACCAGCUGCUGAGUCCGAGCCAAGAAUGGCGACAGCCCGACGACAACGUCAGACUCCAGGAGGACAGCAUCUACGAAAGUGGACCUGUCUCGAUCAACGAUGGCAAGCACUCCUUGUUGCAAUAUGCCAUGCUAAACUUUCGUCAAAGCACAGAAAAGUUCGAGAUGUUGAAGACCGCGGACGGGUCGAUCAGCGGGUCUCUUAAGGUGAUCGAGUCGCUGAAGAGCAAGAAGAAGAACAAGAAGAGCAAAGGCCAGCCGGAUGGUACCGAAUGGACCUGGAAGGAACAGGUGGAUCUCGUCAAGUACUCCACCGUGCCCAUCGAGCAGAGCCUGCUUAGGCUGGACGCGGACUUGAGUGGUCUGGCCAUCGAGUGCUUCCUGUGUCUGAUGAGGUACAUGGGCGACCAACCGUUGCCGCCCGAGACCAGCGAAGUCAAAUGCGUCUACACCAUUCUCAUGCAUUGUCACAAGUAUGAGCAGCUUCGCGACGAGGUCUAUUGCCAGCUGAUGAAGCAGACCACCAAUAACAAGAGCCCGAAUCCAGAGAGCUGUCAGCGCGGCUGGCGAAUCUUCAGCAUCGUCGCCGCCUAUUUCACGUGCAGCGAGAAUCUCAGGCCCUACCUGACAAAGUACCUCGAGACAGCAGCGUACGACAAGCGUCGCGCUUAUCACGGCACCGCGAUGGUCUGUCUGCAGAAUCUUCGGAAGACGGUCAAGUAUGGCGGUCGCAAAAAUGUGCCAAGUGUGGAGGAGAUCAUGGCGAUCAGCGCGGGCAGGAACGCAAAGAGGCAGAUUUACCGGCUGCCCGGUGGCACCGAACGGGUCAUUAACACGAAAUGCACGACCGUCGUGCAGGAUGUUAUUGAGGAGAUGUGCAACGUCAUCUCGGUGAGAAACCCGCACGAGAUGGACGAGUUCUCAUUGUAUUGCAUUGUCGACGGUGACGCGUUCACUAUGCCACUGGCCAGAGACGAGUACGUCCUGGACGUGACCACGGAACUUCAGAAGAACCACCAAGUGUUCUACUUAAUAUUUUGCAGAUCUGUCUGGUACUAUCCCUUGCGACUUGAUGCACCGUUGUACAUAGAGGUCGUGUUUAAUCAAAUCGCUCCCGACUAUUUGGAAGGACUUCUUCUAGUUAUAUCUGGAGAACACUUGUCUCAGGAAAUUAUUUAUGACAUGGCGCAAAUAGCGGCACUGCUGCACAAAGCAGCCGACAUGGCGCACGAACCUGCAACGAAGGAGAUUAAAUAUCUGUUGCCGAAACCGGCGCUCAGUUUAAGGGAACCCAGGCCGCAACAGUGGUCCAAUAUGGUCCAGCAAGCUUGGAACAACGUUCAGCAUUCCUCGGCGGCUGUUUGCAAAGCGCAAGUGCUCGAAAUAUUAUCCAAGUGGCCGCUUUUCGGCUCGAGCUUCUUCGCGGUAAAGCGAGUACCCGAGGGCAAGGAAAAAGGCGCCGAUCAUAUCCUCGCUCUGAAUCGACACGGAGUGCAUUUCAUCGAUUUACUGACGCACGAAACAUUGUACCAUUACCCCUACUCCGAGGUGAUCUCCACUAGGAAGGUCAAGUCCGAGGAGGGCGCGCUCUACCUCGACAUGAAGUGCGGCAAUCUAAUGCAGCAGCGUAUCACCAGGCUGCAGACGGAGCAGGCACACGAAAUCUCUCGUCUGAUCAGACAAUACAUCACUAUGGAACAGAGAACGUCCAAUGGUCAAAGUGUCAGCAUCGGACUCGGCAUGAGAUAAGCAUCUUUCCGACGAUCCUUCCUUCGCGACCGAUACUCGAUAUCCGGAUUAGUCAAUCUAUGAGGCCAUAAUUGGAAUCAAAUCAAGUCCUCGAUCAAUAUGUAUCAUGUGUAAUAUAAAAAAGACAAAUCCUGUGAGGAUAUCGUAGCUGAAAUCCGCCGAUAAUUUACACAUCGCGGUACCGUUCUUAAUAUAAUUUUUGUAUAAAGAGUACCAACCUUUUAGAGUGUUUACGAAUUACAUAGGAUACCAGGUAGGAUAGGUCCGGAGCCCGACAGAUGACAAUCCGGGAUGGAUAUCGGGAUGAAUACUCAUAGGACUUGCUGGAAGGAAGGAUCGUGAAAGAAACAAAAUGCUCAAAUAUCCAGGGUCGGAUUUAAAAGUGUGGAGACUCUAUUUUUAAAUCAAAAUCAAAUAGAAAUUUUUACGUCGUUUAAAUAAUUUAUUGCGAAAUAACAAGGUCAAGCAAUAUACAUAGACCUUGUAAGUGUUGCAUUCGAUAGGAAAUUUUAAAAAAUUUGUGUUGUGGAGGCCCCUGGGCUUCAGCCUCUGUUGCCCCCCUCCCUAAAUCCGGCCCUGCAAAUAUCUAAAGCGUUCAUAAUUGACUCGUAACAUAAUUGAAAUAUGGACUUUGUGUGUAUGUGUGUACAGCAUUUAUUUAUAUUGUUUAGAAAAGAACAGAAACAUAUAAAAGAAAAUAAGAAUACGCGAAUAGAUUUUUAUUCAGCGACGUAAUAUUAACGCUGAUAUUAACACAUUAUCUGACGAGUAUAAUGGAAACUAACCACGCAGCGAUCAUAUGUUUAUCGUCAGAAGAUUAUUAAUAAUAAUUGUGUACGUAUGGAUAUAAGAGUACAAUGUGAACGGACGUAUCAACUUUAUAUUGAA